AUGGCCAUCCUCCCGGCCAAAACCCCCGGUACCGCCAAACAACAUGCUUCGGGGGCCCGGUUCCGUCAGCGGAAGAUUCUGGUAAAGCAGCCGUUGACGAUAUACAAACAGAAGGAUCUCCCCAGUGUAGACAUCAACAACAGCGAGCUUGAGCCGAGUCAGGUGCACCAUCUCAAUGCUUCAGCAUCAGCAACAAGCCAGCAGCAACGUGACAUCCAUGCCAUCGAGACUGGUGUCGACAAGAGCGAAGAAGAUGAAGUCCAUUUGCAACAGGUGAUCAACGCUGCGCAACGGGCUUUGCUUGGUUCUAAGCUGACUGAUGGAAAAGAGUCCGACAAGAAAGAUACGGAGUCAGCUUCUGUGUACAUUCCGACUCCGGAUGCUUCUAAGAUCUGGCCCGAUGCCCAUAAGUACUAUGCUGACCAGAUAUUCAAAGAACCAGAGAGUUACAUUAAGUUCAGUGCAACUGUGGAAGAUACCGUAGGUGUAGAGUAUAACAUGGACGAAGACGACGACAAAUUCUACAGUGAAGAUCUUGUGAAGAACUAUCCUAAGAUCGUUCCUGCGAAGAAGCUGAAGAACAGCGAAGAGAACACUCGUAAAUGCAGCGAACUAGAGUACGAGAUAAUCUGCGAUAAGCUUGAAAAGACCAUUGAAGAAAGACAACCUUUCCUCUCCAUGGAUCCAAGCAACAUUCUCUCGUACGAAGAACUUUCUUCGUAUAUUAUAGAGGAGUUCAAUAGCUCAGUAAAGACAAACAAUCCCUACGUUCAAUCAGCUAGCGGCUCCAUCAAAUACAUCUCGGCUUCGACAUUGAAGGAAAAACUUGCCAAAGAGUUGAAGUACGAACCGUUUGUGACGGAAUUUGACAAAGAUCCCGACCAUGCAUCUCUAUCCAAUGUUAGAUCAAUUCCCAAACUCUUUGAGCUCUUUGGAAAACCCAUCUACGACUACUGGAAAUCGCGCAAAAUAGAAAGAAAGGGCAAACUUAUCCACCCCAUGUUGAAGUUUGAAGAUCCCAACGCCAAUGAAAAGGACAACGACAACGAUCCGUACAUCUGUUUCAGAAGAAGAGAAUUCCGUCAAGCCCGUAAAACAAGACGGGCGGAUGCUUUGGGCGCUGAACGUAUCAGAUUGCUCCAGAAAUCCUUGCAUAGAGCCCGUGACUUGAUUAUGUCUGUAGCCCAACGAGAAAUCUUGAAGUUGGAAAACUGGGAAACCGAGAACACCAUCUUUUUGAUGCGCUGCGAAGGUAAAAACUUGAAGAGAUCCAUUGGUGUCAAGGGCGAUGACCAUUUGUUUUACCCUCACAAGCGGAAAAAGGUCAUCAAGUCCAAGGAAGAAGACGAAGAAAAAGAAAGGAAGAGAGAAAAGAGAAAACUCGACUCACGCGAAUCUUCAGUAUUACCUGGAAAUGCCACUAUCGGCACCAAUGCCGUCAACAAGGACAAGAAUGGUCUUCAAUCUUCAUUACAACAAUCGGAAGGAACAUCUUCCAACACCCAGCCAUAUGUCAAAUUGCCUCCUUCCAAAAUCCCCGAUAUGGAUCUUGUUACCGUUUCUUUGGUAUUAAAAGAAAAGAACGAGACCAUCAAGAGAGCUGUGUUGGAAAAAUUGCGCAAGAGAAAGGAACAAGACAAGGGUUUUGUCAAUCUUACCGACGAUCCUUACCAGCCUUGUUUCAAUAUUCAGACAAAUGAGAAUGCCCUGGAAUUAAGCCAUAUCCCAUACUCGUCUAUAGCUGCUGCUGACUUUCAUCAGAUCAACAACACAAAUUACAUCAGUGAGACAUUAAAGAAGCUUUUGGAAGAGGGAAAGAAGCCAUUGCCGGGUUUGAAGACGUUUAGAGGCUCCAACGGAGAAUUGAUUCCUUCAAAGGCGUUCCCCCAUUUGCUGACGUUACUUCAAGAACGAAUCAACAACACCAAGUUCAAUUCCGUGAGCUAUAUCGCCCAGUUGUUAGCCAAUGUAGAAACAAACAACUUCAGUGCAUACAACAACGGCUAUGGCCAUCAACAUAGACGCCAACAUCCUGUAGACAACCAGGAUGAAUCCAAGUUAUCAGAUCCAAUUCUCAGGUUGAGAAAGAGAGGAAGUAGAGGCAAUCGUACUUUUGUAGACAGAAGAGGAUUCUUUAUGAGACCAGACGAUUCAGAACCUGAAAAGCCAGGAAAUUCUUCGAUUCCGAAUGUCUAUGACUCCAAGAUAGAUUCCAUCAAACGGAUGGAUUCGAAUUGGAAGUUCGACAAUGAUUUAACGGAAUACCAAAGAGGCGCGUUAGAUCCAUUUGGCAUGGAUCCUUCGAAGCUCAAUUCGAUUAGCGACGAUACGCAAUCCAUAAGAUUCGGAGCGAUGUUGUUAUCGAAAUCG